UGCAAAUUUGGCGCCAUCUCUGAAAAACAACAAUCGCCAACAAGUGAAAAGCAAGGAAACCAACCAUCAAAAUGUCAGGGCAGGAAUCAGACAGCAGUUAUACCAGGAAUGAGAUUCCAGACAUCAGAACACUUCAAGAUAUCAACUUAGUAAUGGAAUAUGCCAAGUUAGAUAAAUCUGAGGUGAAGCCAUCAAUACAAAGUAUAUAUUUCUCUUCACAAAUGGACAAUGAUGCCUUCAAACUUAUGGAAGUGGAUAGUUGCAUUCUAAAUACUAUAAAAAUUGGUGAUGAACUUGUGAUACGUGGAGACAAAGAUGAAAUGGCUGUGUUAUGUACGAAGGACAAAACAUACGACAUCAAGGAAGCAGAGAUAUCUAAUUCCAUGUUAAUUAUACCACAACUUAAAACAGGUCAAGAUUUAGAUGGUGAUAGUCUGGGUCAGGAACUUAAUAUCAGACAGGUAACCUCCACGAUACAUAACUACUAUGAAUUACGACACUGUAAACCUAAGGUGAAGAAAUUACGAAUAUUACUGGAAGAGAAUAUGUACAGUGGAAAAGAAUGUGAAGAAGAUGAAGAACAUCAAGGAAGAAAGUACACUUAUGAUGACCUACUGAACUUGGUUCAAGCCAGUAGAUUGGAGCUACAAACAGCACUCACGAAAGUUCAGGCUUGUAAGCUUGAAGGGUAUUGGAGAAUACUUGACUUCCAGUUUUUAUCGUUGGUAUUAAGUCAUGUGAUACAGCUGUGUGAUGAGAAUGAUUGGAUAAAGUCUGGGAUGCCUUAUGAAGAGUGUAUGAAGACAUUAGUGGAACUGUUUCCUAGAGAGGUGUUAGACCAUGUUUUACAGAGUUAUGCAGACAAAGCUAAACCAUCUAACACAGAAGAUGAUGAAGAUAAAAUGGAAAUUGAUGUGGAUUUUUAUUAUCUGAAUGAGGACAAAGUUUGCCGUUUUUUCGCAGAGCAAAUUCUUAAACAUUCAAGAGGAAAGUUCAACUAUGAAGAUUUUAGCAAUACUUGGCAGCAAACAGUUCCUUCAGGUAUGCAGACAAUGGAUCAACAACUACAGGGUAUGGCUUUAAUAGACAGAAGUAGUCAGCUGGAGACAAUUACUUAUUAUUCUGUUGAUGAUCUUCCUGAGGAGGUUGGAGAAAGAUUUGAUGAGCUAUUUAGAACAAAAGAAAAGUGGUCAUUAGAAGAAAUAUCCCCCUAUAUCAGAGAUCUAACUACAGAAAAAUUAGAUGUUGGGGGACUGUUGACUAAGUAUGCCAGGUCAUCUAUGCAGAAUGGUGUCAAAGUGUUUAAUUCAAGAAAACCUUUGUUGUAAUUUUACUUAAAAUGUAUUAUAAAUUAUUUCAUAUCAUUUUAA